UGUUUGUGUAUUCUGGCUGCGCGGCGGCGCUGGCUCCGGGGGAAGAUGGCGGCGUCCUCGCUGGAACAGAAGUUAUCCCGCCUGGAGGCGAAGCUCAAGCAGGAGAACCGCGAGGCCCGGCGGCGCAUCGAUCUCAACCUCGAGAUCAGCCCGGCCCGGGCGAGGCCCAUUAUUGUGAUCACUCUAAGCCCCGCUCCCGCUCCAUCCCAGCGAGCAGCCCUGCAGCUGCCGCUGGCCAACGAUGGCAGCAGCCGGUCAUCGUCGUCGGAGAGCUCGCCUCAGCACCACACACCCCCUGUGCGGCCUCGCCAUAUGCUGGGGCUGCCUCAGCCGCCUUUUCUCAUGCACCGCAGCAUGGAGAGCAUAGAAAUCGAUCAGAAGCUGCAGGAGAUCAUGAAGCAGACGGGCUACCUCACCAUCGGGGGGCAGCGGUACCAAGCAGAAAUCAAUGACCUGGAGAACCUGGGUGAGAUCGGGAGUGGGACCUGCGGGCAGGUGUGGAAGAUGAGGUUCAAGAAGACAGGGCACAUCAUUGCUGUGAAGCAAAUGCGUCGCUCGGGUAACAAAGAAGAGAACAAGAGGAUCCUGAUGGACCUUGAUGUAGUACUCAAGAGCCACGAUUGCCCCUACAUUGUUCAGUGCUUUGGGACCUUCAUCACUAAUACGGAUGUUUUCAUUGCCAUGGAGCUGAUGGGCACCUGCGCAGAGAAGCUGAAGAAGCGGAUCCAGGGGCCCAUCCCCGAGAGGAUCCUGGGAAAGGUCACAGUGGCAAUCGUCAAGGCCCUCUUCUACCUGAAGGAGAAACACGGUGUCAUCCACCGUGACGUCAAACCCUCCAACAUCCUCCUGGAUGAGCGGGGCCAGAUCAAGCUUUGUGACUUCGGAAUCAGUGGCCGCCUUGUCGACUCCAAGGCCAAGACCCGCAGUGCUGGCUGCGCCGCAUACAUGGCGCCUGAACGAAUAGACCCUCCUGACCCCACGAAGCCCGACUAUGACAUCCGGGCAGAUGUGUGGAGCUUGGGAAUCUCCUUGGUGGAGCUGGCGACCGGGCAGUUUCCCUACAAGAACUGCAAGACAGACUUCGAGGUCCUCACCAAGGUCCUGCAGGAAGACCCACCCCUUUUGCCCAACAACAUGGGCUUUUCCGUGGACUUCCAGUCCUUUGUUAAAGACUGCCUUACUAAAGAUCACAGGAAGCGACCAAAGUACAACAAGCUACUUGAACACAACUUCAUCAAGCGCUUCGAGACGCUGGAGGUGGACGUGGCCUCGUGGUUUAAGGAUGUCAUGGCCAAGACAGAGUCACCACGAACCAGCAGCAUUCUCAGCCAGCACCACCUGCCCUUCUUCACCAGGUAGCCCAAACGCCCAGCUGGGGUGAGGAUGGGGCCACCCAGGAGCCCCUCCCUUUGCCCCGCCCUCACCCUGCCCCCCUCACCCUCGGCCAAAGCGACUUAUGGGAAGCCGGGGCUGUGCAGGGGAGCUGGAGGAGAUAAAAGAUCUUCCCAUCCCCACCCCAGGCCUGGGUUUGAGGAGACGUGGCCCCACCUGGACUUCAGGCUCGUCUCCCCCUCGGAUGGAGGAGAUGAGUCCACAUCUCAUGUCUCCAGGCAUCUCCAGCCUGGCCAGGGAUGGAGGAGACCACGUUUGUCUUGACCUGGGGCCGUGAAGGCUUGGUGGCAUCUCCAUUGGGAUCUCCACUUGGCUUGGAGAAGGUUGGUUGCAGUCCAGCCUGGGAUGGGAGACAUGUGCCCAUCUCACUCAACAUCUCCAACCAGGUCAGGGAAGGUGUGGGAUGUAGAAAGCCCUCUUCUGACCUUAGCCAGUGUCUCCGGGGGGCUCACACGGCAGUUCCAGUCCAGGUCUGGGUUCAGGAAGAUGCGUCUCUACCUUGAUGUCGGCAUUGUGUCCAGUGAGGAUGGAGAAGAUGUAUCCACGUCUUGGCUUUGGUCUUUGAAAGCUUGUUCUCACCUCAGCCAGCAUCUCCAGCUGGGGCCUAGGAUGGAAAAGGCCUAUUCGCACGUUGGCUGGGGUCUCCAGCUAGGGUGUUGAGGGCUUGUUCCCAGCUCAGCCAGUGUCUCUGCUGGGGCCUGGGUCUGAGAAGACAUCCUCACCUCAACCAGCAUCUUUGGGAUGGAGAAGGCCUGUUCCCACUUCAGCCGGUGUCUCCAGCUGGGUCCUUGAAGGCCUGUUUCCACCUCAGCUGGUGUCUCUGGAUGGGAUGGAGUAGACAUGUCUCUAGCUGGGUCAUUGAAGGUCUGCUGCCACCUUAGCUGGCACCUCCAGCUGGACCUAGAUCUCAGAAGAUGUGUUCUCACCUCAACCAGCAUCUCCAUUUUGGACGGAGAAGGCCUAUCUCCCACCUUGGCCAGUGUCUCCAGGUGGGAUGGAGACAUCUCCAACUGGGUCCUCGAAGGCCUGCUCCCAUCUUGGUCAGCAUCUCCAGGUCGGAUGGAGUAGAGUGUGUCCAGCUGGGUCACUGAAAGCCUGUUCCAACCUCUGCUGCCAUCUCCGGGUGGGAUGGAGAUGUCUCCAGCUGGGUCCUUGAAGGCCUGCUCCCAUCUUGAUUGGCUUCUCCAGGUGGGAUGGAGGAGCCGAGUCAACAUGCCAGAGAAGACAUCCCUGCCUUGACCAGCAUCUCUGGCCAUGUCACCUGAGGCCCUUGAAGACCCCCUUCCACCAUCUCCUGCCUGGCUCCUUCACCCUUGGCCCCACACCCUUCCCUAGCCCCCAGGGAUGGGGCCAGACGGCUGGGCCCUUGCUCACGCACUGUGAAAUAGACACAAUUUGUGCAAAAAGGAGAAAAAAAAAUACUUUUUUUUUUUUACUAUU